CUUAGGCCUAAUUCUGACGUUUUGUACUUGCAUGUGUGUGUAUAUAUAUAUGUGUGUGUGUGUGCAAGUGUGUGUGUGUGUGUGCUUGCGUGUGACGUCAGCUGUACAGGUGUAGGAAAGAGGUCUGUUGAAUGUGAUGACACUCCAUACUUAACCUAUAUAAACUGAUCGAGGAAUGUGUGUAAUGAAGAUAAAUGCAAACGGUGUCAGAAUACCAUAAGCUACAUUUGUAGAUAAGUAAGAGCUACCCCGGUAAUAUGGAAUCUGAAUCAUUCUUGGAAGAAAAUUACUCUUAAAAAAAGGAACUGACAGUGAUACUGGAACAUUUGGAAUAUUAAGAUGCUGCUAGGAAAACAUCUAAGAAUGGCUUCAACUUUGUGUAAACACUUAUCACUGACACCAGUGUUAACAAGACAGUACACCCUCUCUAAUGUUAACACCAGACUCUUGGUGUCAGGAUCACAAAGAUCAGCUUUGUGUCACAAAAGGACUCUUGCAGAGCAGUCAAAGAAACAGACAGAUGUUUCUGCAGGUCUUAGAUAUCAGCAGCUGGGACAUCGCGGGUUGAUCCGCUUUGCCGGCCCAGACUCAACGCAGUUUCUUCAGGGACUCAUCACUAAUGAUAUGAACUGCCUUCAGAGAGAGUUGGACUGUCAUAAGAUGGCACUGUAUGCGUUUCUGUUGAAUGUGAAGGGUCGUGUGGUAUGUGACAUGUUUGUCUACAACAUCAGUAAAGCCCCUGAUACACACAUCUAUCUGCUGGAGGUGGAUACAGAGUUGGUGGACGAAGUACACACUACCAUGAAAAAAUACCGCCUUAGAAAGAAGGUUGACAUUGCUGUAACAGACGAACUGAAAGUAGUGGCAGUAUUUCCUGUUGAAGAUGGACCUUUUGAUGCUGAGCUUACUAUAGGUAGCACUGACGGUGCACCGUUAGUAGCCGUUGAGAAAGACCCCAGACUUACCGCCAUGGGCUACAGACUGGUCCUGCCAGCUUUUGAUGAUGUAACACCUCACCUGCCUGAUGUGAAGGAAGCAGACACCCCCACUGCCUACCAUGUGAAGAGACUCCGUCUUGGAAUUGGGGAGGGACCCACGGAUCAUCCGCCAGGAAAAGCACUGCCACUGGAGUGUAAUGCUGCAUAUCUACAUGGAGUGAGUUUUGACAAAGGCUGUUAUAUUGGUCAAGAGUUGACUGCCAGAACACACCACACAGGCAUGAUAAGAAAGAGAAUCAUGCCUCUUCUGAUAGAUAGUCAAAGCUCUGUUGACUUGCAGGCGGAGGAUGUUUUAGUUAAUUCAGAUGGAAAAGAAUGUGGGAUAUUUCGCAGUGCUAUGGGACAGAAUGGACUUGGACUAAUGAGAGUGGACGAGGCUAAAGGUCCCUUAACUGUCAGACGUAAGGGCACAGAGAAGUCGGAUGUAAAAAUGAUUGACGGUGUUACUGUUACAGCUCAGCAGCCAUUUUGGUGGCCUAGCAGUACCUAGCUUUUCUCUACUGACCGUGUCAGUACAUUGUGUUCCCAUUCUUUUACAGCUGUGACAAGAAUAAACUGUUCAUAAAUUACGAGGAAGUUUCAGGAGUGUUUUUUUUUAUUCAGUUAAAAGUUAACAUGAGAAUGAAUAAAAAUGCUCUCGAUCAA